UGAUUUUGUUGAUAUGCUGUUAUCAUUUUCGAAUUUGAAAUGGAAAACGAAAAAGAAAAUCAGGAAAUUCAGUUUUUCUUCUCUAUGUGCUGUUCGUAAUCCUCUCUCUCAGUUUUACUUUCGUUUCCAAGUUGAUAUGAUGUAAUUGAACUAAAGAAAAUGUAGCUGGAAGCAAUUAAUCAUGAAUCUUUUCAACACAAAAUUCGAUACUUUGCUGAUAUUCUACUCGAUUCCAGCCAUCUACUGUGCUAUAGGAUGUUUGAUUUUCUACAUUAUAUCCAUCACCGAACCAUCUCCCUACAUCGAUGAGAUCUUUCACGUUGGACAAUGCCAGCAAUACUGUCGUGGAAAUUUCUUCGUAUACGAUCCAAAACUCACAACCCCUCCUGGAUUAUAUGUGCUGACUCUACUGGCAUUGGCUCCUAUUUUGAAGAUUUUUGAUCUGGAAUGCUCUGUUAAUACGUUGAGAUCUGUUAAUGUAGCUGCUUCGUUAUUACUAUUCGUGUUGAUUUAUCGUAUAUUGAAAGUUCAGAUAUAUCACUACUCGAAUUUCAAGAAGUUAUGGGUUGCUUUGAACUUAUGCACGCUUCCAGUGCUGUAUUUUUAUUCGUUUUUCUAUUACACCGAUGUGGUGUCUGCGGUUCUGGUUUUGUUGACGUUUCACUUGUAUAAUAUCGACUACAGUCAUUCUGCUGGAUUUGUUGGUCUUUUGUCAGUCACCAUUCGUCAGACGAAUCUGGUUUGGUUCUUUUGCUUCGCAUCGAUCAAAUGUUGUAAAAAUAUUGAAAAUGAAAUGUACAAAGCUGAUAAAUCGAUCACUGAAGCUAGUCGAAGAAAAUUAUCAUACGUUUGGGUAAUUGUUAAAGAAUGCUGGAAUCUAAUUCAGAGACGUUCAGUAUACUAUUUCAUUCAACUAGUACUAAAAGAGACGUACUUCUUCAUCAUAGCAGUGUUAAGUUUCACGUUACUAAUCCUUCGAAAUGGCAGUUUAGUCCUCGGUGAUAAAUCUAAUCAUACUACAGUCAUCCAUAUCCUUCAAUUAUUGUAUUUCGCCCUAUUCACAGCAGCUUUCUCCUUCCCCUUAUGUAUAUCUCCCGCAUUCAAGUUAUUGAAAAGUUAUCGCAGAUACUACAAGUUGAUCAUUUUAGCCUCUAUAUUCCUAGGCGUUAUUGUAGCUGUCAAUACAAUGGCUCAUAUAUUCCUAUUAUCGGACAAUCGUCACUAUACUUUUUACAUCUGGAAACGAGUAUUCGAAAAGCCUCUGGGAAGAUAUCUCGUUAUACCUUUGUAUAUCGUAUCACUUUACUGUAUCGCUGAUAAUACUAGUCAUAUGGACGCGUACACCAAAUUAGGCUACAUUAUUGCCACCGUUAUAGUAUUAGUUCCUCAGAAACUGCUAGAAUUUAGGUAUUUUAUUGUUCCUUAUUUGUUGUACAGGAUUGAAACCUAUCAUCGUGCUAAAUGGUGGCAUUUAUUGUUGGAAAUUGUCUUUAACUCUAUAAUUAAUAUUUUAACGUUCGCGUUUUUCGUACAAUUACCAUUCCAGUGGCCUGACGGUACUUUGCAGCGGUUUUCAUGGUGAAUUCAGCAAAUUGAAGAUGGCAAAGUAUCUUAAUUUUUGUAUAUUUUGGUGUUGAUUUUUUUUAAACGUUUAAGUAAUUAUUAUUAAAUAAGAAUCAUCGUUGAUUAAUUCGCUUAGAAGUAUGUCAAUUUUUUGUAAUAUGAAAAUAAAAUGUUGUUGUGUA